AUGCAGUGUGGAAAGCCCCCUCCAGACCUCUCCAAGAGACUUGCGGCCAUCGAGCAUCGCAUCGAAGAUGUACUUCAGACGCUGCGACAGGACCACAACAUCACGGAAGGGCUCUUGCGGCAGAUGGAGGCGACCUUUAGCCGCAUUUGCGAGGGCCGCGAUGGUGGCACGCUGCUCUCGUCGCCGCGUAAGCCGCAGAGUGUGCUCGCGCUGAGCGCCAGGGGUGCCAAGGAGGCCAACCUUGCCAACCCCUCUGAACGGAGUUCCUUCAAGGACCUGCGGGCCAUCCUCCGUUCCGAUCGUUUGGACGCGGAAGCCAUGGAAAGCUUGCCGCUUCUCAAAGUCGAGAGGGAAGAUCGGCACAAGCGCAACAAGUACAGCACGCUGAACCUCGAGAGUAUGGGUAUUCCCUUCCAGGAACGACUGGCGCGUGCCCAGAUUCCGCUGGAGAUUUACAGCAAGCAGUCUUGGAUGUCAAAGGCAGUCACGGAUUUUCUGGAAGAUCCAGACUCCAGCACUUUCUCCUCCUACUACUUCUACGGCAUCUCCAUCUUCACACUGCUAGGAAUGCUCUUCGCGUUUUUGCCGGCUCUGAACAUCGAGCUCGCAUCGGCCUACAAGGAUUUGAUCAAUAUUCUCAUCGAUUCCAUCUUAUUGGCGGAGACCGUCAUUCGAUUCCUCUGUUACCCGCACGCGGCAAUGAUUUUCUCUGGCGAGCAGCGCUGGGAGAACCUCAUCGACUGCGCGAGUGCACUUCCUGUUCUUCUCCUCGUCCUGAAGGAUAAGUUCGGGGAAGAUUUCGGGUCCUUUGGCGAUGCCUUUCUCCUGGCUGCGAUGCCGAUGAUACGAUUGCUACGGCUGGUGCGGCGCUUCACGUACAUGCAGCUCUUGAAAGCCGCUUUCCGAGACUGCUUGGAAGCUUUGCCGGUGAUGCUGUAUAUCAUGAUCGUCAUGGCCUAUGGUUUCACAUCGCUGCUUUACCUUGUUGAGCCGCGUGAGAACAUGCCCACAGUGGCUCACGCAGCAUGGCUCGUGAUUUCGACCAUUACGACAGUUGGUUUUGGCGACGUGGUUCCCUCUACCCAAAGCGGUUUGGUCUUGACCUCGGUUCUCAUGGUUGUGAGCUCGCUGUACAUGGCCAUGCCUUUCGGGAUCAUCGGGCACUCCUUCACCCAAAUCUGGGGAAGCCGUAAACGGAUUCUUCUGUUGCAGAAGACCCGAAGCCGUUUGCACAAAUGGGGGUUUGGGCCUCACGAGCUGCCACGGCUCUUCGGACUCUUCGACCUUGACGAUUCUGCCGAGAUCGAUUUGCCUGAGUUUAAAGUUCUGCUCAACGAGAUGGAUAUCGGAUUUAAAGAUAAAGAGAUCACGGAACUGUUCAAGCUGAUCGACAAGGCCGAGCGGCAGCGGCGCGAAGCGGAAGAAGCGCUCCGCCUGGCAGAGGAAGAGAAGCGCAAAGAGGAGAAGAAGAAGAGGGAUGCCGUAAAGGAACGUGUCAAGAAGUGUCGGCAGCGACUCCGAAGCUUCCACCCGGCCGUGAAGGAGCAUGUGGUUCUUGAGCAGCUGAACGAGGUGUGCUUGCAGUUCAGCGAAGAGCAAUUGAGGGAGUUGGGCAACCAGAUCGAGGAAACCUUGAGGAAAAGUAGCCCACUUGCAGCGGCCAGCGUCUUCCACAAGGCGAUCGAGUCCAUCGGCCUUACCCCAAUGAAGGUGAGCGAAGACGCAGCCAGCACCACAAGCGGCCCAACCGAUUCCCAGGAGGAAGCACCGAACCAGCGCGAGUCGAGCGAAGAGCGCCGUAGAGCCGAAGAGAACCAGGCCAAAAUGCGGAUAGUUGAAGAGCAGCAGGCUGCAGAAAAAGCGCGAUUGGCCGCUGAAAGGGCGGAGGAAAAAAAGAAAAAAGAGGAACAGCGAAGAAAGGAUGCCGCCGCGGCAGAGGCAGCUAGGCGGCAGCAAGAAAGGAAAGAAGAAUUGAAAGCAAAAAAGGCAGAAGAGAAGCAAAAGAAGCAGGAAGAGGAGGAGAAGGUCCGAAAAGAGCAGCAGCGUGAACUGGCCAAGCAAAAAGCGCAGGAACAGGCACAGAAAGACCGAGAGGCUGCUCAGGCCGAGAAGGAGAAGCUGGAGUUGGAGCGGCUGAUCAACCUUUUCGCCAAGGACAGAUUAGACAGGCUGGCCAAGCUUGAAGGUCUCUCGGAUGAGAAGCUGGCGGCCUCCCUACAGACAGAAACUGACUCAAGCUCCCUCGCGGGUGCGCUUCAGAUGCUGAAGGCCAAGCUCGAGACUUCUGAGGACACCGACUCGGACCCACUGGAGCGAGCCAUCGCCCUUGUCAGUGCCACGGCUGGGGGUGGGGGCGUCUGGCCCCUAGCCUUGACGGCCCCCGCACACCUGCGCCUCGAGAACGCGCUUCGCAACCGCGUGAAGAAGGCCCGAAACCGCCUGAGAGAGGCAGUAAGCUCCUUUUUGAAGUCGUCUAAGCUGCCAAAUGCCGAUCAGAACGCAGUCACGGAGUGGCAGCGCGGCAUAGUGGAUGGCACGCUUGAGCUGCCCCCCUGGUCGCCGCAGGAGUCGGAGCCGAAGGCAGCAGGCACGGAGAAGAAGAAGAAGGAGAAGCCCAUGGAGGAGGACUUGGAUCAGAUUUUGGCGGAGUUCGACAGCUCACCAUCCAAGAGCAAGAAGCCGGGUAAGAAGAAGAAGUGA